AUGGCACAGGCUUUAUUCGAUGCCCUUUCAGGGGGCUCAAGUGCUACAGAGAACCAGACAGCUCUUGCUGUGCAAUCCUUGCUUGACUCACAGGAUGUCACAGAACAACCUCAAGCACAACAAGCCGAAGAUGAUGACAUUUUCCAGUGUGGCCGAUGUAAGAAGCAGUUUACAUCAUUACCUGCCUUUGUCAGCCAUAAACAAAGUCGAUGUGCCCCACCUCAAAUCCUGGCUCAAAAUCAGCUACGCUCUGUUCCUACAUCUAAUACUAGCAAUAAUGUAGUUGCAGCUACAGUUGUUACACAGACACCAGUCCUUACCCAAAAUGUCAGCUAUACCAAUGCUACACAACCACUCCAGAGACAACCUAGAAACAACAGUUAUACAAAUGGCCAACAGACAGCUUGUACUCAAUAUGACCUUCAGCCCAUCCUGACUUACAGUGCAGUUCCUCAAUCUCCACUGAACCAACUGACCCAAAACAUUCUUUCUGAAGAUUUUAUGUCUCUCAAUGCAAUGGACCAAAAUUUACAGCAUGUUCAAACUAUGAAUUCGGCUGUCCAGCAAAGCCCAUUUCUCUCUCAGGUUGUGUCCACUGUCCCUAACUCAGUGCGCAACACACAGAAUGUAACUACAAUUUUUGGCAAUGUAACUUCUACUGGUGCCAACAACUUAGCUUUCACCAACAACCAAGUGGUCAACCAACAAAUCCAAUCACAAGCACUCCAGCCAAUAGCUCCCCAACAACAACAACAACAACAACAACAUCUGACAACUGCAACUUUGACAACACAAACCAAUGACAAGAUUUACCAACAACAAAAUGCCAACACUGUUACAAUGGCCACUGGUGUCCUUAAUAAUAAGGCUACAACACAGAGACCAGCCCACAAGGUUGUUCAGCAGAAUAACAUCAUUACCAUCCUGCCCUCUGCACACCAGGAAUUAGAAAUUCAACAGAAAUUAAAGCCUCAUCGUACAGAGGACACUGUAUUGGAUGAUGGCUGUGGAAUUGUCCCAAGUGGUGCAUCUAGCAAGAAAAAACUGCGCUGUGAAUUAUGUGAUAAAUAUUUUGCCAAAAAUUUUGACCUGCAGCAACAUAUUCGAUCCCACACUGGGGAGAAGCCAUUCCAAUGCAUUGUCUGUGGACGUGCUUUUGCCCAAAAGUCUAAUGUAAAGAAGCACAUGUCAACCCACAAGGUGUGGCCCAGUGGUAUGGGCUCAACAUUACCACGGCAACCAUCACCCCAUGUGUCAGGAGAUGAAGGAGAUGGUGAGACAGGUGAUUCAUCUCUACAAGUUCCAGAUCAGCCACCUCCCCCUCCACAGCCACCUCCAUUAACUGAUGUUGAUGCACUGAAUGAUGAAGACCAGAAACUCAAUGUUGUUGUUGACAAUUCUUAUUUGUGUCAGUAUUGUCCUGAAAAAUUUAAAUCUUAUUUCCAACUCAAGUCACACAUGGUUCACCAUAAAAAUGAACAGGUCUACAAAUGUGUGGUUAAAUCUUGUGGGCAAACCUUCAAAGAGUUGGAAGCAUUCUUGGCACAUACAAAGAGCCAUGAAGAAGAUAUGACAUACCGAUGCCAUGUUUGCUCAAAGCAUUUUACUACCCUUUACGAGUUGGGUAUGCACCAAUUCAAUCACAGUGCCUGUGAAGAUAACACUCUCAACCGAAUUGGGCCCAGACACUUUCAGUGUACAAAAUGCUUAAAUAAAUAUUCCACUCCAGAAGCUCUGGAACAUCACUUGUCAACUUCAACACAUGACUUCCCAUGUCCACACUGUAAAAAGAUAUUUCCUUGUGAACGAUAUUUGCGGAGACACCUACCAACGCAUGGGAGUAUAGGUCAGUUUCCCUGUUUAACUUGUCAGAAAAGGUUCAAGACUGAGCACUAUCUGAAAAUGCAUGUCCUCAUCCACAGUGGAGAGAAACCAUUCACAUGUGAAAUUUGUUCUGCUGCAUUUAACAGAAAGGACAAACUCAAGAGACAUAUGCUGAUACAUGAAUCAGUAAAGAAACACAAAUGUCCCUUUCGCAAUUUUACAGGUUGCACAAAGGAAUUCAACCGACCAGAUAAGCUAAAGGCACACAUCAUUACGCACAGUGGUGUGAAACCAUUUAAAUGUAAAGAAUGUGGAAAAGGCUUCAGUCGCCGGCCCCAUCUUGUUGAACAUGAACGUGGCCAUAAGGCUGACUAUAAGUUCAAGUGCCAGAAGUGUGGGCGUGGUUUCUUCCGACCUAAGCUUUACCAAGACCACAAGUGCCACACAGUCAAGAUUGGCUCUGAUCCACAGAUAUUCCGUCCACGUAAUCGGCGCAAAUUAGGCCGUCCCCGCAAGCGUAUGAUAACAGUGACUUCAGACACAAUGAACAAACAAAAUGGAGAAAAGGAACAGGCCCCUCGCAAACGUGGUCGACCUCGAGGGAGGACUGCAGCCAAGACGCAAAUAUUGCCUCAGAUGUGUAUUCCUAAUGCAUUUCAUGAUACUCAAAGCCUACAAACAGGAGACCACAUGGUUCUUGAUGCAACAGACACAGCCACUCUGGGUGUACGUCCAGAUGAGCCCGGGGUUUUGGACGGUCAGCACAAUGCUGUUACAACUGCUGCUCUUGCCAAUAAUCAAGUAUUGGCUCAAGCUACAACAGUGGGCCAGCAAGGUCCAGAUGGUACAAUUGCAAUUCCUCAGACUGCAACAAUUGAUACAACAGUAUCAGCUGGGGAGUUGACCACCAAAACUGCAGAUGCUGUGAUUGACCAUUAUGUUGUCCACUUUACAGAAUCAACAGACUCUCACGGGACAACAAUCCAUGCUCAGCUUAUUCCUGCAUACCCAUCAGGUACAUCAGUAAUGCCAGCUAGCGCUUCAGCCCUACAACCCAUCACAAUCAUUGAAGCACAACCUGUGACAGUAGCAUUGCCUGCAGUAGCAGAUACCCCAACUAUACAAGCUGCAGCUCUGCCAACAGAUACUCAACAGACUUAUACCUAUUCCACAACUCUUGAAGAUUUUGGAGCUGAGAGUUUGCUCAAGGAAACUGAUGCUGUUAUGCGAUAA